AUGUCGGAUAGUGAAGAGUUGCUGAUGGCGAGUAGAUCGCGCAGAUCAAAUGCCGGUAACAAAAUGCAGAAACUCAUCGACCAGGAACGUCAGGAAUUGAAGGAAAGAACCGCCAAUUUAGAUGACGAUGAAAUCAACCUUCUGUUUCAGGAAGACGAGGACGAUGAGGAGUUUCAAGGAGAGCCUAAGCGUCGAAAAGAUGAGGAUGAUGUAUUCUCAGAGUCUGAAGAUGACAGCGACGGUGAAGAAGACGAAGAAGCUGGUGAAAGAGAGCUAGAACUGCAGGAACGCAAAAAGCGCAAACAGGCGCAUAGGAAUAAAGUUCCUGUGGUAAGGAAGCGCGUAAAGUCUGCUGAGAUUUCAAAACCACUGUAUGAACAACCGAAAGCUGAGAGUUUGCUUCUGGACAAUAGAAGAACCUCCAAGAGAUCAUCUGUGGUUGCCAAUAAACUACAAAUCUAUGAGAAACUCGCGCAAGCGGAGAAGAAAAGAGAGAAAAUACAAGACCGGUUGCGCCAAACCAAGGCCAAAAUGGCUUUUGUGGAACUUACUCAGGAAGACAGGCUGCGACAGGCUGAAGAAACAGAGAAAAUCAAUUCCCAAAGUCUGACCAAAUUUAGAGAGGAAGAAAUCUACAAAAAAGAGACUCGAAUAGCGAUCAAUUUGCGUAAGAAGGCCAAAUUCGCUGCUGGCGAAAUUAUGCUGCGGGUCCACUCUAAUAAAUGGAUUGUAACACCACUGAUGGAAAUAGAAGACCGUGAGUACUGGGAACAACAGCUGAGCAAAAGACACAAGAAGAAGAAGAAGUACACCAGACGUAGGAAGAUCAAAGACAAAGACGAAAGUAAUGAGGAUGAGAAAAAGCAGGAGAAGAAGGAAGAUAAUACCGAGGGCGUGAAGCUAGACCCCGAAAGCCGAGAUGAUAUUCUCAGUGAGCAUCCCGAUGUCAUCAAAUCAGAAGUACAUAACAAGGUAUUGCCGGUAGAUUCGAAAGCUCAAUUGGACGAGAACGCUGAAAAUGCAACCCAGAACGUCGACAAGUCUGAGAAUACUAGUAUUUUACCAGGAGAUGACCAAAAAUCAAUAAACCUUCAUGUUGCCGAGCCCUCAUCAUUGCCCAGUGCUAACAAUACGCUGCAGAAUGAUACUGACGAGUUGGUAGAAUCUGAAAUGAGCUUACAGAAAAUCAACAAUGGUUCUUCGACAGAGCAGUCACCUCCUCAUGAUCUCGCGCGUGCUUCACGCCAACAACAUGAGAAAAUGGAAGUGCCUACAGAGGUACUAACCGAAGACAGAGAGCCAUCACAAAAACGCAGCUCCAAUUUUGCCUCUCAAUCUACGGAAGGCGUUAAACUGAAGACCGCACCCGCACCAAAGCAAGUCUCAUUCGCUUCGGAAAAUAGCAUAAACACGUUCGAUAAUAGUGGGCCACCAAAUACACCUCUUGAUAUAGAGCUGUCUCACGACACUGAUUCCUCGAGACAAAAUUCUGAAGAACCAGGAGAUGAUUUUGAGGUGGAAACAGACGUGUCUGAAGUAUACGAAGGGCCUGAGCAAUUAGUAGGGCGAAAUUUCGUAACAAUCUAUUCUUAUCCGGGGGAAAACCCAAAAGUUCAUGAUAUAAGACCCUGUCUGUUCGGCCCCCAGUGGGCACAACCGUUAAAUUCUCGCUCUGACAACGUUGUAACAAUUGCUAGAAUUUUCAACAAACAAGAAGAAGACGAGUGGCUAGAUGUUAGCUCUUCUCUCAUCCCUGAUACAUCGAUCUUCGAGAACUUCCCGGGGUUCGGCGAAUACGAUAGAACACUGUUGACAGAGGUUGCUGAAGAAACUGAUACCAAGCUGAAGCUAGAUAUCAAGACGCCUGCUCCAGCAGGUGUUAUUUUACCUAACGGUGUGAGAAAAAAGUGCUUGAUCACUAAUAGGGACUGCCAGUAUUUUGAUCCGAAGAACGGUGUCCCAUACGCCGAUGUAGAGGCAUAUAAAACAGUUCAAGAGCUCCAAGACCCAAUAGGCGAAGGAGGGUCCGAUGAGAACCCAAACCCACAAUUCAAGUGGUUUGGCUUCGCUCGUGGGGGUAUAUUCUUAGAUGUGAAGCAAGUGCCAGCGAAAGGUGUACCAGACGGAUUUUAA